UAGUCCUAACUUCCUUUCAAUCGCAGCUGUUUUGCCCAGAACCCAUUUGUAAGCGAAGGACUCUUCCCGAUAAACCUUUCGGUGAUUGUAGAGGGGAGGGGGGAGUUUGCAUGGUAACAUCAACGAGCUACAUUCACCAAAUAUGAUGCUGUGCUUUGAAUGAGCACCCGAACUUGCAGAAAAACAACACGAAUGUUUGAUCGAAACUCGCUUGGGGAGGGUUGCAGCUUUGCAGCCAGAGCCAUUCUGCUUCAACAUGAACCACGGUGAACAACUGAUCGCCUUCACUCGUGCCCGGAAGAACGGAUCUUGGCGAGAUGGACACAUUCAGAAAAAAAAGAGAAGUUCUUGCAUCACCAACCAGGAAGGGGAGACUUUAUCUGGUGAAGCCGUGCGUAACUUUUACGAGAGCCUGGCACUUACAAGUAGCUCCAAAAGAGUGUUACAGAGGAAACCAAGGGUAGCUCGUGUCCUCCGUCGGCCAGCGCAGGUGUCUCCUUGCACCCCGAGCUGCCCAGAACAAACCGACACCCGCAAAGGGAAUCAGCUCUUGAAAGCCGCUCAAGACGGCAACCUGAAGUCUCUCCAAAAGCUUGUGGAGAAGGAAGGGUGUGAUGUGAAUUAUAAAGAUGGAUUUGACUGGACAGCCAUCAUGUGUGCAGCCUAUGCUGGACGAGAGGAAGCGGUACGUUAUCUUUUGAGACAUGAGGCUGCUUGGGAGGGAGUUUGUGAGUCACAAGGCCGGGAUGCUAUGGAUCUGGCUGAAGAUGCUGGACACGAAGAGGUGGUCAGCAUCCUUCGGGAGAGCAAAAGGCCUCAAGUGAAGAAUGAAUCCCCCAGUUUACCAGCCGAGAGAAAAUACUGCGAAGUGUGUCGGGCACACUAUAGCGAGGACACUGUGGCCCUCCAUGAGCGUUCCACCGCCCACCUUUUCAACCGACGUGACCCACUGCCUUCCACCCGCUACUGCAUCCCUGAGAGUAACGUGGGCUUCCAACUGAUGGUCAAAGGUGGCUGGGAUAAAGAGACAGGAUUGGGGCCAGACGGGGCUGGUCGCAAGUUCCCUAUUAAGACUGUCCUCAAGAGGGAUCAGAAGGGCCUCGGCUUCUGCAGUAACCUCAAACCCAAGGUUACCCAUUUCAGACCUCACGACCCUUGUGCUAUAGAGGAACCUGGGAAACGACAAUCCAGAAAGGAACGAGCAACAACGGUGGGGAAACGGGAGGCCUGCCGCAGAGAGGCCAAGGCCGCAGCUUGGGAACGCGACCUCCGGACUUACAUGAACUUUGAUCUUUGAACCGUUUUGGGACAGUUGGUGAUCCUGAGAAGGGCAUAUCCAGCUAUGAGUUGUGCAUCAUAAUAAAGCCUGUCUUAAAUCAUG